AGGUUCUGGCACAGGAACUCAGAUCAGCAGCAAAUGUGGCUUCUGACAAACCCAACUGCUUGUUUUUACCCAAACCUUUGUGCUUUCAGAUUGGAUUUCUGGACAGUACACUGCUUUUCAUUCAAAGUGUGUACCCUAUGCAAAUUUUAAAGCUUCUGAUUCUGAUUCUGAUUCUGAUUCUGAUUGAUUUUGCACCUUCAGUUUCUGGGAGCAGCUGCUCCAUAACAGAAAAGGACCUUUGUAAUACUUUUCAUCUGCAACGGUUUUCCUCAAAUGUUUGACCGAUUAAUGGAUAUGACACUGGCAACAGCUCUGAUCUUUUCCCUCAUCCUUUGUAUGACUACACAAAAAGCUGGAGGGCAGAUAGUUGGAGCCAAUGGAGAAUACAAACAAUCAUCACGAUCCUCAGAUCUGAAAGCAGGGCGUUGCUCCUACACUUUCAUUGUUCCCCAGCAAAAAAUGACAGGAGCUCUGUGUGUGAACACGCACUCUCCAAUACCCAACCAAUCAGAGGUGGCAGCUCUGAAGUUGGAGCUCAAACGGCAACAGGAACAGCUGGAGAAGCUCCAGAGACAACUGGAGCAUGAAGGGUCCCUUGCCACAGAGGUAAGAGCCCUGCACAAAGAGAGCAACAGCAUGAAUUCACGUAUUGCCCAUCUUUAUGCCCAGCUGCUGCAUGAAGUCAUCCAUAAGAAGGACCUGGCUGUGGAGCACCAAAGGUUUGAGAGCCUCCUCCUGAAUGUUACAGCACAGGCUCUGCAGGUGUCCAGCAGUUACAGGGAACUAGAGAAGAAAUAUGUAGCGCUCACCUCCAGGAUAAGCUCUCAGAACCAGUUUAUCGCCAAACUGGAGAAGCAGUGUCAGUGCAGGGAUUCCAGCCAGCCCUCUCUGGUGAUGACUGAACCCCCCAAAAGCCAUAGUAAUGAUCACCUUAACUACAGCAUUAAGGCCACCAUAAUGACAAAUGAUGUUCAGAGGGACCAGAGUACUCCUUUACACCAACGUCAAGCAAAAACAGUUGAAGAUCAGUCCCUCCUUACCUCUACAAUCAGUCCUCCCACUGAACUGCCUUUUGUUGGCUUCCCUGUAACUAAGUCCCCAGGGCCGUGGCGGGACUGCCAGCAUGUUCUGGAUUCAGGUGAGACCACCAGUGGGAUUUACCUCCUUCGCCUUCAGAGUGCUAACCGACUCUUGCAGGCCUGGUGUGAGCAGAGUCAGGCUCAGGGUGGAUGGACUGUCAUUCAGAGGAGACAAGAUGGGUCAGUCAACUUCUUCAUGACUUGGGAGCAGUACAAGCAAGGCUUUGGAAACCUAAAUGGUGAGUAUUGGCUUGGCCUGGAACACCUCUACUGGUUGACCCAGCAGGCCAAAUACAAACUCCGGGUGUUCCUGGAAGACUGGCAGGGCCGGCAGGUGUUUGCUGAAUAUGACAGUUUCCACCUGGAACCAGAGAACGACUGGUACCGCCUCCGUUUGGGACAGUACCACGGCAAUGCAGGAGACUCCCUGUCAUGGCACAACAACAAGGCCUUCACCACUUUGGAUCGAGACAAGGAUAGUUAUGCAGGUAACUGCGCUCAUUUCCAGAAAGGAGGCUGGUGGUAUCACAUGUGCGCACACUCCAAUCUGAACGGCGUGUGGUAUCGGGGCGGACACUAUCGAAGCCGCUACCAAGAUGGGGUCUACUGGGCCGAGUUCCACGGAGGGUCCUACUCUCUGAAACGAGUUUCCAUGAUGAUCAAACCCACUUAGCUGCAUCACUGCAGGAAACACAGGAAUUCAUGAGGAUUGUCAGAGCCAUAAAAAAGGAAGAGAAUGGAAUUAUUUUAUGCAAAUCCUUUUGUCUAUAAUAUUUUGCUGUUAAACAGGUAAAAAACAGUUUAGGUUUGUUGUAUUUUGAAAUUCCUACUGUUAUUUUGAAAGUUAUACUUAUAGGAAGGAAGGAUCAGAGAAGCACAGAUCAAUACAGUUUUUUGACCUUGCUAACUAUGUGUAGAGGAAAUAAUAUCAAGAACUUGUAGAAAAUUAACUAUGUCCAUUUUGUAUUUCAUUGCUAAAUGGAUGUUUUGCUGGCUUUUUUCUAGAUAAAAUUUAUUUGUAAUUCCA